AUGGGCGUCGAAGUCGAAGUUAUUAAGGAAGGAAACCAGAGUGAUUAUCCAAAAAAGGGGCAGACUGUUAAAGUUCAUUACACGGGUACUUUGACAGAUGGUACAAAAUUCGAUUCCUCGCGUGACCGUGGCAAGCCCUUCGAAUUUAAAAUCGGUUGUGGCCAGGUUAUCAGAGGAUGGGACGAAGGUGUUGCUAAAAUGAGCCUUGGUGAGCGAUCCAAGCUCACCAUCUCUCCUGAUUAUGGCUACGGUUCGAGUGGUGCUGGCGGUGUUAUUCCGCCUAACGCAACUCUCAUUUUCGAUGUUGAACUUAUUUCCUUCAAGUAA